AUGGCUAGGGUAUUGGGACAACAUUGCCUUGAAUUUGAGCCAGAGAGAAGGAUUAAUGAGAAAGGAGAGCUUAACUAUGAAAUCGACCAAGUUCUUUACCUCCAAGUAGGACAUAGGAUUUGUCCAAGAAAGGAGAUGGCCUUUAGUGUGAUGAAUGCUGUUGCUGCAACUAUUGUUUAUAACUACCAUGUUCAAGUUGUGGAAACCCGCCCUGUGAUCCUUAAAGUUAGUAUAAUUCUCGAAAUGAAACAUGUUUCGAGGGCUAGGAUUAACAGUACAUGGCUUGAGCUAUAA